GCGUCGUAGGAAGGUCACAGGCAUGAAAACAAACCCGCAAGGUUCCACUCUGAAAUGAGGACCCACAGCAAAGGAGGCUAAUAUAUUCUAUUGCAUUCACUCAUGGCAUCGGUGCUGGGUUCUUCAGUCAUGUUAUCAACUUGCUUUAGACUUUGUUUAUCUCAUGGUUUUAAACAUGGCAGGAGAAUACUGCUCACAGCCCCUUGUACCAGAGGCCAGUGCUGGUUCUUCUCUCGAGGCUCCACAGAUUCUGAGCUGAGCCUGGAUCAGCUGGCUCAGAACCUGAAGCAGCAGAAGUAUCAGAGAGUCAUUGUGAUGGUGGGAGCCGGGAUCAGUACACCCAGUGGCAUUCCAGACUUUAGAUCUCCGGGCAGUGGCCUGUACUCAAACCUGCAGCAGUACAACCUGCCAUACGCAGAGGCCAUCUUUGAACUGGAUUAUUUCCACCAUAACCCCAAACCUUUCUUCACUCUGGCCAAAGAGCUGUACCCAGGGAACUACCGCCCCAACGAGGCCCACGCCCUCUGCCGCCUCCUGCUGGACAAACAGCUGCUGCAGCGGCUCUACACACAGAACAUCGACGGAUUAGAGCGCUUGGCUGGGAUUCCUGCAGAGAAGUUGGUGGAGGCUCACGGGACAUUUUCUACAGCAACCUGCACCGUGUGUCGGAGAGAGUACAGUGGAGAUGACAUCAGACCUGCGGUGAUGUCCGGCGAAAUACCAGAAUGUCCCACCUGCACUGGUGUCAUUAAACCUGACAUAGUGUUUUUUGGAGAACAGCUUCCUCCCAUGUUCCUUAAAUACCUCACAGACUUCCCUCUGGCCGAUCUGCUGCUCAUCAUGGGAACGUCUCUGGAGGUGGAGCCGUUUGCAUCUCUGGCUGGUGCGGUACGUCCGUCUGUUCCUCGGCUGCUUGUGAACCGUGAUCUCGUUGGGCCAUUUCUGUGGAGACGGAGGUCACAUGACGUGGUGCUCCAGGGAGACCUGGUCCAGGGAGUCCGAACUCUGAUUCAGCUCCUGGACUGGACCCAAGACUUUGAACAUGUCAUGGAGGAGCUGCAGAUCCCCAAAAAGUCAGAGGAGUAACACCAGGAUAUAUAAAUAGAAAAAACAGAGGAAAAGAACUUGACAGUACAAACUUACAAACCUCAUUUUCCUGUCCACUGUGGUGGACAGUGACUCCAGAGCGACCAGCCUUGUUUUGAAGACAUAUAAUUCAUUAGGGGUGCAAUAAGACACAAUUCCCACGAGAACGAGACAAUAUGAGAUUUUGCCAAAAUAAAUAAAUGAUGCAAAUCCAAUUUUUACUUUAUUUUAUUUAAAGGGCCCAUAUUACAGUAUUUUUGGUCUAUGUUAUAAUAUUGUUUCCUCAUCACAAACAGACCUGGAGUUGUGUUUUGUUUCGCUAUAAUGUAAUGAUAGAAUAACAUUUUUGUCAUUUAUAGUUAUUGAGUUUGUUCUUGAGGGAAGAAUCCUAGAGAGUGUCAGACCAGGAGCAGCUGAUGGGGUCGUAAAGUCCUGCUUUGGUCCUGGUUUAGGUCAGGGAUAGUCCAGGUUAAGUCCUAGCUUAGACCUACAGCUGCUGUCUUCUGUUUCGGCCACACAUUUGUUAUACACAGGUGGCUCUUCUGCUCAGACUUUGAAGUACUCAUAGUAUUUUAGGAUUUUGUGUAUUUUCUGAUCUAAUGGGGACAUGUUUUUGUUUUGUUUUUUAUUAAAACGGUAUUUAGCCAGGUGUCUAGAGUGAGAAAAAAAUCACAUUUAGGCAAGGCAAGGCAAGUUUAUUUGUAUAGCACAAUUCAAGGUAAUUCAAAGUGCUUUACAGAAUAAGAAAGACAUUAAAAUCACACAAAUCAAGACAUAAAUAAUCACAAAUAAUCAUCAUAAAAUUAACAUUAAAAGAGAAGAGUGCAGAAUAAAAACCUUUCAGUCGUAUGCACAGCUAAACAGAACCGUUUUGAGCCUGGAUUUAAACAUUGUCAAAGUAGAGGCCUGUCUCACAUCUUCAGGAAUUUUGUAAUUUACAAUUACAAGACCUGAUUCAUUUCAUUACCUUCAUUUUAAACAGAGGUCACUAAACUGUACUUGUCAGUCUCUUAUGUUGUAAAGCACUUUGAAUUACCUUGUGUACGAAUUGUGCUAUACAAAUAAACUUGCCUUGCCUUGC